CAUUUUAUUUUUUCUUCUACUACUUUUCUGUCGUCGAUAAUUUUGACAACUUGUGUGUGUGACUAAAAAAAAUAGAAGAAAAAAAUUAAACGGGAGAAAGGAUUUUUUGUUUUUAUUUACCAAGCAAAGAAAUUUUUGUUAAAUAUUUUAUUUUUAUAAUAGAAAAAAAGAGUUAAAUUUGUUGCAUUUCGUAAAAGUGCUAAAUAAAUGAAUUUGUAUAACAAAAAAAUAACAUAUUUAGUGCAUAUAAAUUUGCGGCGUGAAUGUGACAAAAUUGAAAUCCAAAAAGAAAAAAAAUUGUGAAUCGUUGAAUGUCUUCAGUUUGUUUGGUGGUGUCUUGGCAGUCAAUCAUCGUUGUAGUCGUCGACGUCCAAUUUGAAAAUAGAAAAUUUUAGUCCCCAUGAAGUGGCAAGAAGAAAUUAAAUACAUAAAAUUAAAUUUGAGGUGUAAAAAUAAGACACAGUGUGCUGCAAUACAACAACACUGAAGUGUAAUAAAAAUCCCCAAUCAAUUGUUCCACUCCGCUUCGACAAAAGUGUAUAAAUUCUUGAGCUAAUUUGGUUCGUACAUCGAAAAAAUAUCUAAAUGUGGCAUUAAAUCACAAAAUAGUAAAGAAAUAAAUAAAGAUACAAAAAAGCAAAAAAUCCAAUAAUAGCUCAAAAAAAGCGGAAAUUCUAAAAAAGAAACAAGCAAGCAAAGCAAUUGAUUUGUAUUGGAAGAAAUUAAAAAAUAAAAUAAAAAUCUCAAUUCCUAAUCAAAACAAGCAAGAGCCAACAAAGUAAAGAAUAGAGUAAAUUCAAGUGGUUAAGUAAGUGAGUGUAUUGAGUGAAUGACUAAGUGGUCUAAAAGAUCAGUUAGUGGUAAAAAAUAAAACAAUACAAUAAUAAAACAAACAAAACAAAAAAAUCAUAUUAUUAUAAAAGUGGUAGUAGGAAGACAUCAUCCAUCACUUUGUACAUUGAUCCACUGUUUGCUGAAAAUAAAAAAAACUAAACUAAAUUCAACGAACCCCAAAACAACAACUACAUCAACUAUACACCAGCAGCAGUAGCAAUAAUUAAAAAAGUGGCUAAAAUAAAGUGAUGGCAUUAGCGCGUAAAUUAACCGAAAGAAUAUAUGAGAUAAAAGCACAUAAUGGCAAUGUUACUUGUCUGGAUGUUGGUGAAACGGGUCGUGUUUUAGUUACGGGUGGUCAGGAUCGUAAUGUUAAUCUAUGGGCCAUAGGACAAACAGAAUGUUUUAUGUCAUUAACCGGUCACAAUCGACCCAUCGAUUGUGUACGUUUUGCUUACAAUGAUGAUUUCGUAUAUUCUGCCGAUGAUAUUGGCAUUAUAAGGCGAUGGGAUCUAAAUGCCCAAACAAUAUGUUCCACAUUAAAUGGUCAUAUGAAAAGUGUGCGAACAUUGGAUUUUAAUCCAUCGGGGGAAUAUGUAGUGUCGGGCAGUAAUGAUACAACAGUAAGACUCUGGGAUGUUCGCAAUCAAAACAGUUGUAUGAAAAUCUAUCGUGGUCAUAUAUCACAUGUUAACUCGGUGAAAUUCUCUCCCGAUGGCCUUUGGAUUGCCUCGGCUGGCACCGAAGGUUCUGUCAUCAUCUGGGACAUACGCAAGAGUAAACAAAUAAUGGAAUUUUGUGAUCAACCAGCUGGCGCUGCUAUUACAUGCAUACAAUUUCAUCCAUUUGAGUUUUUAUUGGCUGUGGGUCGUGUUGAUGGCACCGUUUGUAUAUAUGAUUUGGAAACAAAAUCUCGUAUAACACAAACAGAUUCUAAUAGUUUGUUCUAUCGUCAUCCCAUUAAAUGUAUUACAUUUAGUGAAAAUGGAGAGUGUUUGUUUGUGGGUACAGCGGCAGCUAUUUCAAUAAUUGGCUGGGAACCAGAUCGAGAAUUUGAUCAUAUAAAAUCGGCAUGGACAGCAUUGGGUGAUAUGAAAAUUGUUAAUAGAAGAUUGAUUUGCGGCUCUUUCGAACAAGAAUAUGUCAGCAUUGAUGCUCUCAGUGUAAAUCGUGUAUUUCCCUUUUACAAUCCAUCAAAUAAUACCGCCCCCGCCUUCAAUCACAACUCGACGACACGAAAAAGUUUUUCGCGUGGCAAUCAAAAGUUGCGACUGUCUAUUGGUGGGCCGAAACCGUCCAGAUUGGUGGAAGAAAAUGAAGAUAACCGCAGUCCGAGUUUAGAUGGUCAUUCAUCGCCAAAUCUCAGUUUAGAAUUGGUCGAUGAAUCCGCUAUAGAUCCAUCAAUGCUACCGCCCACAUUACCGUCCGUCUCUACACAUCCCCUCAAUGGGCAUGGAGGCAAUUCAAUAAACAUAACUUUAACAGAUUUCGAGACAAGCUAUACGUCAAUGGGCGGCGGCAGUAGUGGUGGUGUAAAUGUCCCCUUAAAAAAACUAUUAUCUUCCCCGUAUCAUUUUCCCACAAUUGCUUCAAGCACGGCAUAUUCAUCGUUUGGUGGCAGUAGUUUGGGUGCUUUAAAUUUUGAUGGUCCCAGCUCAUUGAAAAUGCCCGGCGAACGUGGCGACAUCUAUCAAUAUGAACGUUUUGCCGAUCCUUUUACUCAGGAUUCCGAAAUAAAUUUCAAUGAAAGUUUCCCGCCUGUUAUAACAAAUUAUGAUAAUACCGAAAUGGUUGAAGAUUUUCCAGUCAAUACAAAUCUGCACCAAUUACCCGGUUCAACGGGCACCACAAAUGGGGCCAGCAAUUCGGUGAGUUCAACAACAACAGCAACAAGCACGGCCAAUUUUACUCAUCCGCCUCCGAAGACAGCUAAACCAAAAACAACAUCGCACAUUACAAAACGCACUACCCAGGUAACGAGUGGCGGUGUUAAGACCAGUGUUUCCUCCACCUUCCAACAACGCAAUAAACUAUCGCAAGUAUCAUCUGUCAGCACAACUGAAUUGCACAAAAUGGAUGAUAAUAUGCUUAUUAAGAAAUCCGCUUCAUCACAUAUUGUUGUAAAUAAAAAUAAGGCACAUGUGAAUAAAGAGAAUGCACGUAAUAAAAAUAUAACCGUGCAAAUUAUAACUAAACCUCCUACACGUUCACGUACUUCGUUGGAAUUGAGAUCACCGCAAAAGCAAGCACAGCACUCGGCGGCACAAAGGCAAACACAACGCCUUUCUAGUUACAACAUGGAUACUAGUAAUGGCUCUGCAAAUAUUCCUAUUAGUUAUCGUCCAGAUCCGUCUUUACUCAGCCAAUCGGGUAUGAAAAGCUUUAAUAAUAGUCGUCAUAGUAUUGAUGAUAAUAUACCAGAAAUUGAAAUGUUAUCAGCAACACAUGAACAAGUUUAUCAGGAAUUAAGUAAUCGUAAUGCAACAUUACAUAUUAUACGAAAUUCAACAAGAUCUCAUGAUGUUCUUGCUGCUCUGAGGCAGGCCAUUAAAAUGGGUCGCACAGUUUUUGUGGAUCUUUUAGGAGCAAUAUUAGAAAAGACAUCGUCCUGGAAUUUAGAUUUAUGUAUCUUAAUAUUACCGGAAAUUUAUGAACUGCUACAAAGUCAACAUAAAUUUCAUUAUACACGUGCUUGUGAUACAUUACGUGUUAUACUUUCUAAUUUCUUGCCAAUUAUUCAGGAUAAUCUUGAUCCCUGGGUCAAUGGUUUGGGUGUAGACGUUACACGUGAAGAGCGCCAUCGCAAAUGUUUAGAAUGUCAGCGAUGGCUCUUGCAAAUACGAAAUCUACCAGAAAGUAAUCAUUUUGGCACCACCCUAAGCCAGCUGCAAAAUAUGAUUGUUAAUAUUUAAAAUAUAA